AUGGAAGAAUCAUCAAGUGCAGGAAUUCAUCAAGAUGACGCAAAUGCUUUCCUUCUUUUUAUGAAUAAGCUUCGUUUAACAAUGCCAACAAUUAGUACAAACAAACCAGAUGUUGAAGCAAAUGCUUUCAUAAUAAAUGUGAAAGAAAAUGCUGAAAUUCAAAGGGAAGCAAACGCUCCAAGCGGAAAUGAAAGUCAAAAUAGAGAAGCAAUCGGAAAUGAAGAUCAAGACAGAGCGUUGUGCAAACAAAAUGAAAAAGCUUACACUCCUCAGGUUAUAUCAAUAGGGCCUUUACUCCAUGGCGAUAAAAGAUUGGAAACCAAUGAGAAUCUCAAAGUGAAACAUUUCAAGAGAUUUGUGCACAAGCCUAAGGAUACGUUAAACGUAGAGGAUUUAGUAAGCACUAUAAGGAUUUGGAAGGGAGAUGUUCGUUGCUGUUAUGCAAAGACCAUCCAAUUUAGCAGCAAUGAUAUUGUGAAAAUGAUCCUGGUCAAUGUGACCUUCAUUAUUGAGUUUUUCAUGAUAUUGGAGAAUGCAACAUGGAGGGCACUUGAUUUGUUAAGAACAUUUUCUCUACCUCAACCACAUCAACUACCAGAAAGAAUUGAAGACAACCAACUUACACAUUUGUAUAGUGUAAGCCAGUUGUACGAGGCAGGAGUGAAGUUUAAGGUGAGCUCAAGCAAAUGCCUACUGGACUUAAAAUUCACAAAGGGGGUGCUGGAAAUCCCAUGUUUAACCUUAGUAAAACCCACAGAGUCUAUUGUCCGAAACAUCUUGGCCUUUGAGCAAUGUCACUAUCCAGAUGAUGCUUACAUUACCGAUUACUUUCACGUAUUGGAUUUCCUUAUUGACACUACCAAAGAUGUGGAUUUACUUGUUCGGAAGAGGAUCCUGCAUAAUCGGCUAGGUGACAGCAAUGCAGUGGCAACUUUGGUCAAUAGUCUCUGCGUAGAUCUUUUAUAUUCAAAUGUUAACUCCAACUAUCUUCGUCUUUGUCAAGAUUUGAAUGCUUUCUACCUUACCUCUAGGCACACUUGGAAGACUACCUUUAAAUGUGAUUAUUGUAGCACUCCUUGGAGAAUUGCUUCUACCACAACUGCGGUCAUCUUGCUGGGGUUCACUUUAUUACAAACUUUAUGCUUUGUCAUAUCAUUACUGAAGAACUGA